AUGGCGCCCCUGCAAACAAGCCAACAAACAGGAACUCCGCUAUCCCCGGCAGAGCUCUCAUACCUGCACACCUCUCUAACGCUAACCCCGCCCAUCCGCCCGGACUCCCGCACACCGACACAGUUUCGCCCACUGGUCGCCGAGUCCGACAUCCUCCCAUCGACCAAUGGCUCCGCGCGCAUGAUCUGGGGCGACGGUGGGGAGUGCGUAGUUGGCGUGAAAGCCGAGGUGGAAAGGAACUCGGCCACGAGCGUAGGCCCGAGGGAUUGGAUUGAGAUCAACGUGGAAGUAUCCGGCCAGCGCGACGACGACGCCUUCCUAGGCAUGACAGUGGCGGAGAGUCUGCUCGUUCCUGGCAGUGGGGUUUUGGAGAGGUUGGUUCUGGGUGAGAGGUUUCAUUGGAAGGUUUUUGUCGAUAUAUUGCUAUUGGCGCCCCCGCUAUCACAUCCCGCUACUCUGCUCACGCUCACGACAUACCUUGCUCUCCGUAACACCUUCCUGCCGAAAUUGAUCUCUGAAGUCGUGGAGGACCCAGUCUUUGACGACGACUGGGAUAAUGCUCUGCCUUUGUACCCCGUUGGCAAAAUCCCCCCGCCGAUAACCCUGCUGGUGGUCAACGUUGGCGAGAACAUAUUCUUCGACCCCACAAGGGAAGAAUUAUCCGCCGGGGAUGUGGUUCUCGCCGUCUCGAUUUGUGGAAAGAAGGUCGUUGGCGUGAGGACUCUGGAAGGGGGGAGUGGAGGUGUUGGGAGGGCAGUUGUUAAGCGGGUCAUCAAGGAAAGUUGCGAAGUCGCGGAGGAGGUAUUUAGUAACUUGAAUAGCGUCGGUGAAGGGGAUUGA